CAAACAUUGUGCAUAAGGAAGCAAAAAUAAUCAUUCCGAUAAGCCGUUUUAUUGAUUCUAAUGUUUAGCUUCACUCAGUCUUCUAAGGUUUCCACUUGCAACAACUUGUCCCAAUUUCGAGUCAACAAAUUUUCAACCCAAAAUGAAUCACUUCGGAUGUUCCAAAAUACCAAAGCACUCCCAAAUUGCCACAUCUCCAACAGUAACACCUUCGAAAUUUUUCCUCUCAAGUGAAGAUGCCGAAGUUUUACACAAAGCAAUGACAGGGCCCGGAACUGACGAAAAAGCCAUCGUUAACAUUAUCACGAAACGGUCCUUAGCCCAACGUUUAGAAAUAAUGUCUCAAUUUAAUAAACACCACAAUAACAAUUUAAUCUCCGAGCUUAAAAAAGAAUUAAGCGGCGACUUGAAACAACUAAUUUUGGCCCUAAUGACACCACGUGAAGAAUUGUACGCUGAGGAAUUACACAGGGCUAUUAGCGGGUUAGGAACCGACGAAGAUGUCCUAAUUGAAGUUUUAUGUACUUUGAAUAACGCAGAAAUUAUGACCAUCAGACAUGCUUAUCACAAACUGUUUCACAAAAGCCUCGAAGGUGACAUAAAAGGGGACACCAGUGGCUACUUUAAACAACUUUUGGUAGCCCUCUGCGGUGUUCAACGUGACGAGUGUGCCGCGACCGAUAAAACCGAGGCAGUUUCCGAGGCUGAAAAUCUAUACAAUGCUGGGGAAAACCAAUGGGGGACUGACGAAUCCACUUUUACUAAAAUUCUAACCGAGAGAAGUUAUCCUCAACUUCGGCUUAUUUUCGCAGAGUAUGAAAAAUUGACUGGUCACGGGAUCGAGCAAGCAAUUAAGAGUGAAUUCUCCGGUGAUAUUAAAGACGGUUUAUUGGCAAUUGUGGAGACAGUUCAAAAUAAAGCAAAAUUUUUUGCCAAAAAAUUGCAUAAGAGUAUGAAAGGCUUGGGAACUAAUGAUCGAGAUUUGAUAAGAGUGGUUGUGACCAGGAGUGAAAUUGACAUGGGGGAAAUUAAAAAUGAAUAUCAAAAAGAGUACGGGAAGACUUUGGCUGAGGCUAUUAAGGGCGAUACAUCCGGCGAUUAUAGAAAAUGCCUUCUAGCUCUUAUCGGCGAAAAGUAAUUGUGGGGCCAGUUGAGUGUUGCCAUUUUUUAAUAUUCUAUUUAUUCACUGUAUUAUUAUUAUUAUUACUAUUAUUAGAUUUUACAUUAUUAUCAAUAAAAUUUUAUUAAAUUUUA